UGGUGUUUCCAGCCUCCUGCGACUUUGGCUGCUUUACCCGCCGAGCUCCUGGCAAGGCUUGUCCGGGGAUGCCGCUCGGCCGCUUUCCACGAGGAACUUAACCCGCCGUGCCUGCCUCCCGGAUGGGACCGCCGGAAUGCUCUAAAGUCUACAGUGAAUAUUGAAUUGCUGAGGAAUUUGGGAAAAGACAAGCUGAAGUUCCCAUUCCAUGGAUCCCUUGGGUGCACCUUCCCAGUUUGUGGAUGUGGAUACACUACCAAGCUGGGGCAAUUCUUGUGAAGAACAAUUAACUACUUCUGAUACUGCAGCUGAAACAUAUCAGGAAGAGACUAUUAGAUCACCUUUUCUUUACAAUAAGGAUAUCAAUGGAAAAGUGGUUCUCUGGAAAGGAGAUGUGGCAUUACUGAACUGUACAGCUAUUGUGAAUACCAGCAAUGAAAGUCUUACUGAUAAGAAUCCUGUGUCAGAAAGUAUCUUCAUGCUUGCAGGGCCUGAUUUGAAGGAGGACCUCCAGAAACUUAGAGGUUGCCGGACAGGUGAAGCAAAAUUGACAAAAGGAUUUAAUCUAGCUGCCCGGUUCAUCAUUCACACAGUGGGACCUAAGUACAAGAGCCGCUAUCGCACAGCCGCUGAGAGUUCCCUAUACAGCUGCUACAGAAACGUACUUCAGCUGGCAAAAGAGCAGUCCAUGUCUUCUGUUGGAUUCUGUGUCAUCAAUUCUGCAAAACGAGGUUACCCUUUAGAGGAUGCAACACACAUAGCACUUCGCACGGUAAGGAGAUUCCUCGAAAUUCAUGGAGAGACUAUUGAAAAAGUAGUAUUUGCUGUCUCUGAACUUGAAGAGGCUACUUACCGAAAGCUGCUACCUCUGUACUUCCCAAGGUCAUUAAAGGAGGAGAGUUGCUCAUUGCCAUACCUACCUGCAGAUAUUGGAAACGCAGAAGGGGAGCCUGUGGUACCCGAACGGCAGAUAAGAAUAAGUGAAAAACCUGGUGCCCCGGAGGACAACCAAGAAGAGGAGGAUGAAGGCUUGGGAGUUGAUCUCUCUUUCAUUGGCUCUCAUGCUUUUGCUCGAAUGGAAGGAGAUAUUGAUAAGCAAAGAAGACUGAUCCUUCAAGGACAGUUAUCAGAGGCAGCCCUGCAGAAGCAGCAUCAAAGAAAUUAUAAUCGCUGGUUGUGUCAAGCAAGAUCUGAGGAUCUAUCUGAUAUUGCUUCUCUAAAAGCCUUAUACCAAACAGGUGUUGAUAACUGUGGUCGCACAGUAAUGGUGGUAGUUGGAAGAAACAUUCCUGUAACAUUAAUAGAUAUGGACAAGGCUCUCUUAUAUUUUAUCCAUGUAAUGGAUCACAUUGCUGUGAAGGAAUACGUAUUAGUAUAUUUUCACACACUGACCAGCGAAUACAAUCACUUGGACUCUGACUUCCUGAAGAAACUCUACGAUGUUGUUGAUGUCAAGUACAAGAGGAACUUGAAGGCUGUUUAUUUUGUUCAUCCAACAUUUCGUUCAAAGGUAUCAACAUGGUUUUUUACCACCUUUUCUGUCUCAGGACUGAAGGACAAAAUCCACCAUGUGGACAGCCUCCACCAGCUGUUUUCUGCCAUCUCCCCGGAACAGAUCGACUUUCCUCCUUUUGUCCUUGAAUAUGAUGCCAGGGAAAAUGGGCCUUAUUAUACAUCUUAUCCCCCAUCACCAGAUUUGUGACCUGCUGUCUUUCAGUGCUACUGGUUUCUAAGGACACCACUUUCUCCAGAGAUCACUACUACCUACUGAAGUGAUAUUCAUUUUUGCUGUACAGCUCCAGAGAGCCUUUUGUCCCCACCUCUCUGGUAUUUUUUUAUCGACUGUAUAUUUUCUGACACAUAAGCAAUCUGAAAAUGGUAGGCCAUUCUGAACUGUGCACUUAUUUUAAAUUUGUAUAUUUGUAUCAAAUGAAAAUGUUCACUUUUCGAGGGUUGUUAAUAGAAAUUGGGGAGCAACUUUUGAGUAUCUUCAGUUUCCUGAAAGGACACUGGAUUCUCCAUUAGACAAGCCACAAUAUUGUUCACAUCAUCUCUUUAACAUUGCACGCUUUCUUUGUGUACUCAAGUGUUUCUCAAAAUAUAUAGAACCAAUGUAUGCUGA